UUUUAAAUGCGUACCGUCGUUCGUAAUUCCGUUGUGGAACCGUGGCUGUGCACCCAAUAGCAUGAACUGAUAUAUUUAUUGGGCUGCAUUCCAGUCGAAUAGUAUGUUUCGGGCCGAAACUGGAGAGGCACACAAUUCUGAAAAUGUCCCUGCUGCCACAACCGGCGUGGGUCAGUCCACUUUUAAUUGUAAAUCGCUGGUCACACGACGUUCCUGGUUAGCCCCAACGACAUGGGCAAAGUUUCCUAACCGCCGUCCAACUGUACAAGUCAGGCAUGCCAUCCCACUUGAGGAGAAAGACUCGCCGGCAGCCUGGGUUGGUGAUUUUGUUGAUGCGGCGGUCCCCCUACGCCAGGUUGAACCUACUCCUAGCGUGUUUCGGUCCACGCCGGAAACACCAACGCAUGCAGACGCACCUGAUGAGAACCAGGAAGCACUGUUGGAGUUUCUGAAAGUUCAUGGUUUUCGGCCUUAUCAAUUGAUUCUGUUUUUGUUCUCCAUAAUCACCUAUGUGUCUGAUAUAUGCUCGGAUGCCUACCUGGUCUAUGCUUAUCAUCGGCAGGGUGACUACUACUGGUCUUAUAUGACCUUGGCAUUACUCAUAAUCCCUGCCAUGGUUAUGACUGCAUUCAGUUUGGCCUGGUAUGUCCUCGAUCGGAAGGUCAACGUUGAUCCACCCCGAACUUGUCGUGUAUGGACAUUGCGCUUAUUCUUCCAUGGGCUCCAAUUGGCUCCGAUCGUUCGCCUGGCCGAUGCAGUCUACUACGGACUAGCCAGUCGACGAGCGGAACUUAGUUUGGCGAUGGCUGUACAAUACACUCAGCUCAUGUUGUACGAAGACGCCGAUUCGGCUAUGCUGCGAAUGAUCGAGUGCUUUAUGGAAGCUGCGCCGCAACUGUUGCUCCAGUUGUACAUUAUCAUCACUCAGGGAACGCCGGAACACAAAGUUCAACUUGUCGCUCAAAUCGUGUCGUGUUUCACGUCGUGGUUAUCCCUUUCCUGGUCGCUGACGCAUUAUCAAACAGCUCUAAGAAGAUCCCGCGUGGAGAAAGCCAAUUUGACGUGGCUGGGCUCAGUUCUGUUCUUCUUAUGGAAAUCAUUGAUGCUAGCCUCCAGAAUUCUCGCCCUUGCUCUUUUCGCUGCCAUUGUGCAGGGUAUGUGGUUCGGGCUGGGCUUGGGAUUACACUGGUUGCUCAGUGUCGGUUGGUUGGUCACUCGUGGAACCACGUUCUGCUCUCCUAACCCACGCACUUUCGCAGAAUUCCUGUUCGACAUGGUCCUUGGUGCAGUGUAUUGCUUCGACGUGGUCAAUGUACGGGAAGGUCACAGUCGGUUGUGGUAUUUAACGUGCUACACUACGAUAGGUUUGGAGAAUUUGCUGGCAACUUUUCUGUGGCUGGUCUUUUCCUCUGCAGAAGUCACAGUCCCACUCUCUCCUCAACAUAAGUGGAUGCUGCGUUCGCCAAACCUAUCUUCUUGGAUUCGUACGGUUCCCCAGUGGGUCUUACCAGUGUGCGUUAUCGGCUCAUUUGUUCUUGGUGUGUGGAUGAUGCUGACGUAUUAUGUGUUCGCACACCCGUCAAAGAAUAUCAAGAUGUGUGUUCCAUGUGAUUUACUUUUCGACUGCAAUGCAGUUCCCACUAUUCACUCGGUUGCUUCGGUACCUCCUAUGGAUACGAAAGCCUGCGAACCCACUGAGACACCAAGCAAUGCAGAUUAUUUAUGAAUUGAAAAAUGCGCGUGAAACGUGAUCAACUACACGCGGAGGGCAGUCUGUUUUAUGUCGUGGCCACUCAUCUAUCGAUCAGGAUUCCACAGCUCUGGAAGACGAAUGUCACACUUCUGACACCUUACCUUUUACCGGUGAUCCAGGUGAACAGUGCUCAUUGCAUUUUUUGAACCAAUGUCUCAGCUACUAGUCUUGCUUUUUUUAAAUAACCUUUUAGCUAUUUCCGCCCCUCAUUCUGUCCAAACUUUGUCAAUGGGCCAUCGAUGUUUGCAUUCUUUUUAUUAUUCAUUUACUCCUCUCCCCUCAUUUCUGCUAUACUAGUCGCUUUCACGAAAGCAGAGAAGAGAA